GUUCAUCCGUUGUCCUCGACAUUCCAAAGUUUUCCAACUUUGCCAACAACGACUUACAUUAUGGCCGAUGAUCAACAGCUUCCGUUUGCGUCUUCAGCGUCCGGUAGGACCUGGACGCCCCUAGCGGCCGAUCCAGUACUACCCGCCGCAGAGAGCCAGGAGGGCGAUGCCGAUUCAAGCCUUGGGCCCGACGACACCCUUAGCUCUACGGCCUCCUUAGAGUCCAGCGUCCUGCAAUACCGAGAGGAACAUGGUCGCACCUAUCACGGUUACAAGCCGAGCAUCGCAUACGUAUUGCCGAAUGAUGGCCCGGAACAGGAUCGCCUUAAUCUUCAGCAUCACCUGUUUCUUCUGACCUUCGAUGGGCAGCUUACUCUCAGCCCGGCCGGUAGCACGAAAGGUCUUCGCCGCGUAUUGGACGCCGGCACCGGUACCGGUAUCUGGGCAACGGACUUUGGCGAUGGACAUCCUGAGACUGAGAUUAUCGGGAUCGACCUCAGUCCUAUCCAACCAUCAUUCGUACCCCCCAACGUCCAAUUCCAGAUCGACGACCUCGAAGACGAAUGGGCCUUCUCGUAUAAAUUCGACCUCGUCUUCGGCCGGAUGUUAGUAGGGGCCGUCGCCGACUGGCCCAAAUUCAUCAAGCAGAGCUACGACCACCUCGAACCGGGCGGAUGGCUCGAAUUGCAGGACAUCUGCUUCCCCCUAGGCUGCGAUGACGGCACCGUCGCCGACGACGAGCCCAUCAGCAAGUGGUGCAGUUACAUGCUGGAAGCCACCCGUAGGGUCGCCCGCCCCGCCGACGGGCCCAAGCUGUACAGACAACGUUUCAUCGACGCCGGGUUUGUUCAUGUCGAGGAGAGGAUCUACAAGUGGCCUUCUAAUACGUGGCCCAAGGACCCCAAGUACAAGGAACUGGGCGCCUGGUGCUGCGAGAACAUUGUAGGCGGUCUGUCCGGCCUCAGCCUGGCGCUGUUCACCCGUGGUCUCGGGUGGAAUCUGACCGAGGUGGAGGUCUUUCUUGCCGGCGUGAGGAAGAGCAUGAGGAACACGAAUGUUCAUGCUUGGUGGCCUAUCUAUGUGGUGUAUGGGCAGAAGCCCGACUGACGAUGGACCCGUGCAGCCAGGCGAUGGCAACAUGAAGUUUUACUGUGCUUUUAGCAGAGUAAGAGGUUUUGGAAUAAGACUGACGAAAUGAAUGAGUCCUGGCUGGGACUGAAGAUGUGCAUGUGGAAAUCGACCAUUGAUGUGAAGAAAGUUGAGGUCUAAGUGGUUGAUGUGUGUAACUUGUGUUCCAAGGACCAGGGUAUUGGGAAUAUAUAUAAGUACAGAAAAUAAGAUGAGAUGCC